AUGUCUAGAACAUUCGUGUCGUCCUCCCUUCGUGCUGUUGCUCAAGCAUCCAGAAUUGUUGCUCCUCAGGCAGCUAGAAGGGUGCCACUUCUCGCCAACACGGCUCGUUCGUUUUCCUCCUCGAUUAUCCGUGCUAACCAGACCUCUGCUGCUUUGCUUGAUGUAGUCAAGUCUGAGUACAAGAUUGCCAACUCGAUCGACAACGAGUUGGCUCCAGACCACGUGCAAUACUUGAACGACUCAGGCUUUGAGGUUAUCCACAAGAACGGUGAGUCCAACGUGCAGCUUGCGAAGACAUUGGAGUCUGGUGAAAAACUCACUGUUUUCUUUGACAUUGACGAGGUCACCGAUGUCUCUUUUGGAUCCCCAGAAGCUCCAGAGGAAGAGGAUGCCGCUUCUGAAGAGCAGCUUGAGGAUGAGCUUUACCAGUACGACUCCACUUUUGCUAACGUCAAGGUUUUGGUCUCCAACGAAGCCAACAACAAUGGUUUGUUUUUCAACUUGAUGUUGCAAAGCUCUGAGGAGGAGUUUUUUGUUGACUACUUCAACUACAAGCCUGACGUUGCCGCAUUCUUGAAACAGGUCGAGGACAAGGGUACCUUCUUGGGUAACUUCGAAUACCAGGGCCCCCGUUUCUCCAACUUGGACGAGUCGUUGCAGGCCUCUGUGGAGAAGUAUUUGAACGAAAAGGGCAUUGACUCCGGUUUGGCUGACUUCAUUUUCGGCUACUCCGAGGUGAAGGAGGAGGAGUCUUACAGAGACUUGUUGAAGGACGUCUCGAACUACUUGAAGCAGAACUAA